AUGGACCAAACUAGGCUUUUACCAACUCUCUAUCAAGGCAGUGGCAGCAGUGCAUCACAGGAACCUUCUGAGGUAUCAACUGAAUCACCAACGAAGCCUCAGGAAGCUGAUGAAAUGACUAUUGUAUCAGUGUUACCGUCUGUGUCUCCUGGUGUAUUAUCAUCUCUAGCAACUUCAGAAGCAACACCAGUUACAGGAAAAUCAGCUCCAACAUCACCAAUGCUGACUUCAUCCUUGUUCUCACUGAGUACUGACAAUUCACCAUCUGUGAUGGCAUUAAGCACGUUAAAGUCAACAUUAGCAAAAAAUAACACUGUCACAAAAAUGGCACCAACUUUAAGCCCAGUAGUAAUACAUGCAAAUUUCCCAGUUGUAUCAAGGGAUGGUUCUGUAAUAUCUGAAUAUAUCACUAGUUCAUCCCCAAUUCAGAAAUUUAAUACAGCUUCAGUGCCCACAACACAUGCACCCAGACAAACUGAAACAUUACUUGACACCAAGAAAUCCACAAGCCCAGACAUCAGUAAAACAUCAACUGCAUACCCAUUAACAAUGACAGCAGCUUUGACAUCUAUUACAGCAUCAGCGAAAACAGCUAGACUUCUCCCUACAUCUGCUGAAAAUGCUUCUGUUGCUGCUACUGAAUCAGCUUUUGUUAAUGUGACAACAGUUCUCCCUCUGGAAUGCCAGCUGUCCAGAAACCUGCUUGUUAAGACAGUAUUGUUUCUGAAUACAAGAAGACUGCUGCUGAGUGGCUCCUUGAAACAAAAUGUCACUAAAGGUCUCACCCUGGCAUUGCGUCAAGCUUUCAAUCAAAAUGUCAAUGCACAAAUAGAAAUUCUGGAACAAUCAAACAAUGUGACAGUUGGUUACUAUGUUACUCAGGACAGACUCGUUUUCAUACCUGCUGUGGUUAUUGAAAUGCUAAUUGCUUAUGGUGUUACUAAUGCCACUUUAGAUAUUAGGAAACAUGUGCCAAAUCUUCAUUCUGUUGCUGUCUUAGCCUUGCCAUGGAACCCAUUGCCAGCAUAUCAUUUUCAGCUGAAAACAGAAUUACAGUUUGUGGAUGAAUCAGACAACGUACAGUCAUGCAGAUUUGUUCAGACAAUGGAACAAAGAUUGCAGAGGGCAUUUCAAGAUGCUGAGAGGAAGGUCUUGAAUACCACUAGCAAAUUAAAUAUUCAGAUCCUGAACACAUCAAAUGUGUCUCAGGCUGUCACUCUGUUUUAUGUGGUGAGAAAUGAAAGUACAGUCUUAAAUGGCACAGUUUCAAGCAACCUUCUUAAUCAGCUUUCAGCAGAACUAGUGGGAUUCUAUCUUACUUUCCCACCGCUAACUAUUGCUGAAGCCUUGGAAUAUCCAAAUCUCGAUACUUCAGAAGCAACUAGAGAUUUCUGGGUGAUUACAGUUUUACUAGGAGUUGACAUUACAUUGCUGGGGGUGAAUAACCAAAGUUUUGCAAGACUCAUGGAGCAACGUUUAGCACCACUGUUCAUGAUGUCUCAUCAACAAGAAAGACGAUUUAAACGAGCCACUACUAUUGGCAGCUUUACUGUACAGAUGGUAAAAAUGCAGCGAAUUCCAGGUCCCCGUGAGCCUGCUGAAUUGACUUACUAUACUUUAUACAAUGGGAAACCUUUGUUGGGCACAAUAGCUGCUAAACGUUUGACUACGGUUGAUUCACAAAGGAUGGCCUUGACCCUAGGAUAUGUUGUUCAAGUACAAGCUGAUCCUGUAGUUAAAAACCCUCCCAACAAUUUAUGGAUCAUUGCAGCAGUGCUGGCUCCCAUAGCAGUUGUUACAGUCAUCAUCCUUAUCAUCACAGCUGUUCUAUGCAGGAAGAACAAAAAUGACUUCAAGGCAGACACCAUGAUGAACUUGCCACAAAGAGCCAAGCCGGUUCAAGGUUUUGACUACGCCAAGCAACAUUUAGGCCAACAAGGGACUGAGGAUGAUGUUUUGCCUGUUACCCAAGAGACUGUAGUUUUGCCUGUUCCGGUGAGAGAUGCCCCUGCAUCCCAGGAAAGGGAAAUCGUUCAGGAUGGGAGCACAGCAAAAACUGCCAAGUCCAAUGACACAAGAAAGAGCCGGUCGCUGAGUGAAAAUGGUUCUGUCAUCAGCAACGAAUCAGGAAAGCACAAUUCAGGCCGAGGCUCUCCACAGAAAGUUACAGCACAGCAGAAAGUGACAAAAGAGGAAGGAAGAAAAAGAAAUGUGCCUUUAAGUGAUGAAGAGGAUGGAAGCAUGCUGUUUGACAAUGUGGCUAAAUCUGCCAUUGAUCCCUUUGACACAUCUUCUGGAUCUGUACAGUUGAUUGCAAUAAAGCCUGUAGCUUUGCCUCCUGCACAGCCAGGAACAGAGAGGACCCAAGAUACAGCUAUUCUUAAUGGGGAGAUUAACAAAGCCUUGAAACAGAAGUCUGAUAUAGAACACUAUCGCAACAAAUUGCGAUUGAAAGCCAAGCGGAAAGGCUAUUAUGAUUUCCCACAAAUUGACAACAAGGGCUUGGCAGAUAGAAAAAAGAUGUAUGAAAAAACACAAAAUGAAAUAGACAAUAUUCUGGAUCCUGAUACAGAUGGAUCCUCUCCAUUUGUAGAGCCCAAAAACAGGCAGCAAACAAAGACCUCAGUUUACCGAAGCAGACAAUCUUUGAACAGUCCUAGUCCAGGAGAAACUGAAAUGGAUCUUCUAGUUACACGUGAAAGACAGAGACGUGGUAUCCGCAAUAGUGGAUAUGAUACUGAGCCUGAAAUGAUAGAAGAAACAAAUAUUGACCGUGUCAAUGAAUCUCGAAAUUAUACCAGAGCCCAUCAAGCAAAAGGUCAUUCAGAGACUUCAACUCUGAGUUCUCAGCCAUCUAUUGAUGAAGUUAGGCAACAGAUGCACAUGUUACUAGAGGAAGCCUUUAGUUUGGCUUCAGCAGGUCAUGGAGGACAGAACAGGCAACAAGACACUUACAAUUCUGGACAGAAUUUGCCAUAUUCUGAAGUUGUGACCAGUGCUCCUGGUACCAUGUCUCGGCCUAGAGGUGGAAUACAGUGGGUGCCAACAUAUAGACCAGAAGUGUAUCAGUACAGUUUACCACGACCUGCAUACAGGUUUUCUCCACUCCCUGAAAUGGUGAUGGGUUCUCCACCUCCUCCUGUGCCUCCCAGAACAGGACCUGUUGCUAUAACUUCUCUUAGGAGGUCAACAUCUGAUAUUGGCAGCAAGACAAGAGUAUCAGAGUCCAGUGGGACUGAACAGAUACAGCCACAUGAUCAUGUCCCUUUUGUCCCAGUAUCAAAAGCCCCAGUAACUGUGGCUCCAUUGGAUCAAUCAGCUUUGAAUUACUCAGGAAAUACAGUUCCAGCAGUGUUUGCCAUCCCAGCAGCAAACCGACCUGGGUUCACAGGUUAUUUCUUCCCUGCAACACCUGCAGCAUACAGAAAUCAGGCUUGGAUGUCUUAUGCUGGAGACUAUGAUAUCCCAGGACAAUGGGCUGACUCGGUUCCACACCCUGGCUACCUAGAAGCACAUUCACAUCCACCCUAUGAGCACAACUGUCUUUCGAUGCUUCAUCCUCAGUAUGGUGAAUCAGCAGAUUUGUAUCCAAGUCUGGAAGAAGCUCUGCACUCUGCUACAGUUGGAUCUCAUCAAAGCAUAAUAGAAAAUGAUGCUUCAAUCAACCCUGUCCACAAUCUUUCUACAACUGCCUUGGUGAAGGCAAUAAGAGAAGAAGUAGCAAAGUUAGCCAAGAAGCAGACAGAAAUGUUUGAAUUUCAGGUUUGA